AUGGAGUUGAAAAAGUGUUUAAUGGCGGCAAAGGAAACACUUGUGCUCAUGUACAAGGAAAAUUUUUUGAACACUAACUACCUUAAUCAAAAUUUGUCUGCUUUUGUUGUGUCUUUAUUGCAGGAGUUUGAUGACCUAUUUCUGGAAGAAAUACAAAGUGGGUUUCCACCUAUUCGUGGCAUAGAACAUCAAAUAGACUUUGUUCCUGGUGCUGUCAUUCCAAAUCGACCAAUAUACCGAAGCAACCCUGAAGAAACUAAGAAAUUGAAAAUGCAAGUAUCUGAGUUGAUGGCAAAAGGCUACGUGAGGGAAAGCCUUAGCCCAUGGAUUAUUAAGAAGAAUUCAAACUUCUCUUGGGGCAAAGAGCAAGAUGAAGCAUUCAAGGAACUCAAGGAUUGCUUGACUAAGGCUCCCUUAUUAGCCUUGCCAAACUUUGAGAAAACAUUUGAAGUCGAAUGUGACGCCUCCAGAAUUGGGAUUGGAGCUGUUAUGAGUCAAUAG